AUGAAUCAAAUGAUAGAUUUUUUAGAACAUAAAUCAAUUACUCCAGCCUUAUCUGACUAUAUUAUCGAAUUAUAUUUAAAAGAAGUAUUAGAAAAGGGCAAAAAUGUCCACAAAAUCGAAGAUGAUAGAUACACGAAGGUUAUUUCUCAUUCUAAAUCAAGAUUUAGUUCUUCAUUGCAACCAAAUGAAAUUUUAUCUUUGGAGUUCCACCCCUCAGGUAGAUUAUUAGCAUAUAGCAGAAUGGAUGGAUCUUUGACAAUAUGGGAAGUACCCUCAAAUGGUAUUUUACACACAAAUUCAAGUAACAAGAUUUUUAUUAAUAAUGUUGUAGGUGCAGAAAAAUCAGUUACCGAUAUAUCUUGGAAUCCUCAAGAAACCUCACAAAUUGCUACAACAUCAAACACAAAUGAAAUUAUCAUAUGGUCUCUUAUUGGCUCUAAAUUUAGAGAAAGUGAAUUAAGCAGAGUCAAAACAGUUAAUGUAGAAUCACAUAAAACUAAAAUCAAUAAAUGUUAUUAUAGUCCUCGAGGCGAAUGGUUACUAGCAACCACAAAAUCAGAAAAUUUAUAUUUAUUCUCUACUAGAGAUAAUUUUUCAUUAAAAUACAUCAUUAAUUUAUCACCUUAUCUGUUAAAUGGUGACAUUACAUAUUCUACUACAUGGCAUAAUACAGAUGAUUAUUUUUUUAUUGGUUGUAAAAGUGGUCAUAUAUUGGUAUUCACAUUAAAAAGACUAGCUAAAGAUAACGAAGUUAAGUGCAUAUUAACUUUAAAUUCUCAUAGAGGUUCAGUGACAGAUUUAAGAAUGGAUCCAUACGGUAGAUAUUUGAUAAGUGGAGGAUCUGAUGGUAUGUGCAUUUUUUGGGAUUUAAAUACCUUUACCUCUAAAUUUACCUUAAAUGAUAUCAAUGCGUUAAUAUUGUCCAUAGAUAUAGAUCAUUUAGGUAAGUUACUAGUGAUAGUUACUUCCGAAGAUAAACUUUUGUUUUAUAAUAUGUCCAAUGGAAAUCUUAUUAGAUCCCUUACUAUUAAAGAAUUAAAGUCAGAUAUAUGGUUCAGAUUUCAUCCAAAUAAAACAUGGUUUAUCAAAUCUACACGGGAUGAUGUUUUGUAUAAUCAUAUUUCUCAAGUGAAUGAUGAAUUUGAAUUUUGGAAAGAUAAGUAUGAACAAAAUUUAUUAACUCUGCGGAGCAAAAACAAAAAUAGUAGUUCUAAUUCAAAUAUGAAUAUUAAUGGACAUAAUAAUAUAGACAAUAAAAAACUUAGAAACUUGGAUGCCAAAUCUCGUGGUAGUGUUGAUCAUAGUAAACAGAUUACAGAAAGAGGUUCUGGCGUAACUGCAAAUAAAAUUCGCAAAAAUACAUCAUCCACAAUUAGAACACAGAAAAGAUUUGGUAUAAGGUAUGACAGAAUGAACAGGGACAGAAUGGGUAUCAUUCCUUCACGAUCCUCAAUGUCAGGUAGAUUUAAUAAAUAA